UCAGGGUCCGGCACGCGUGGAGCGAACCAUGGGUUAACUAUACGUGGACGAAGAUAUACCAUAUAGUUAAAUUUAUUGUUUGUUAAAUUACAUUAAAACUUUACAGGGAUGCGCGCUUCAUUAAAACUAAUUAAUUAAUUAUGGUCCAAGUUGUUUCAGAAGAGUCGUCGUUUGAGAAACAGUUUGAUGUUUUUGAGGAAAUCGGAAGUGGUCAGUUUGCUGUCGUCAAGCGAUGCGUGAAGAAAGCGACUGGGCGAGAGUUUGCCGCCAAGUUCAUCCGCAAGCGCCGUACCGCCAGCAGCAGACGGGGCGUGGCCCUUGAGGACAUACACCGAGAAGUGUAUAUUCUGCGGUCAGCACACCAUGACAACAUCGUACAACUACAUGAUGUCUUUGACAUCGGCUCCGAAAUUGUUCUUGUCUUGGAACUAAUAAAGGGAGGAGAACUGUUUGAGUUUGUAUCCCAGAAAGAAUUCCUUAGUGAAAAAGAGACAUCGGGUUUCAUCAGGCAGAUACUGCUAGGAUUAAAUCAUCUGCAUGAUAUGUGUGUAGCUCAUCUUGACCUAAAGCCUGAGAAUGUGCUACUAGUGGACAGAUCUGGCAAACACAUAAAGUUGAUAGACUUUGGACUCUCACGACAUAUUUCAGUAGAUACUGAGAUCAGAGAACUAAUGGGAACACCAGAAUUUGUUGCUCCAGAAAUUGUUAAUUUUGAGCCUGUUACUCUAGCAACUGAUAUGUGGAGUGUAGGUGUUAUCACAUAUAAUUUAUUGAGUGGCAUAUCACCAUUCCUAGGGGACAGCAAACAAGAAACUUUUAGCAACAUAAGUGCUGUGGACUAUUAUUUUGAUGACGAAUACUUUAGCCAUGUCAGUGAGCUUGCCAAAGAUUUCAUAGCUAAACUUCUAGUCAAAGAUCCCAGGAAACGAACUACCGUGGACCAGUGUUUGAUUCAUCCCUGGAUACAGCAAAACAAAGAAGACCAACUAACCAGCAGUACUGUAAAAGCUGAAGUGCGACAGAAAUGGAAAACUGUUAGGGCUAGUGCUUCGCAUCCCAUUGCAGUACGCCGCACUUUAGGGCCGUGGGUCGCUAUGAAAAAACAGUGA